AUCGCAGGCGGCGUCGAACGGUCAGUCUACCACUUUGCAAAUAAAAUCCAAACGAAGUUGUGUGAUCCAAUUGUCACCUGGAUUAAAGUGCUAUUAAAAGGCGUAGUUGUGAUAGAAAGCAGUAGCGAAGCUAGUGCAGUUUUUCCCCGCUCAACGAUUGCCUAAAUGGUCACCAUGGAGAACAGCGACGAGAUCCUGCAGAUCCUGGAGCGCUUCACGCGCCUGAAGCAAAAGGAGAUACCCAAGGAGUUGGAGGAUUAUUUGCAGUAUGUGGCCAAAACCGGCGAUACCAUCUUCAAGUGGACCAGCCUGAAGUAUCUGUUCCGCGAAAAGCUGCUCAACGUGAUUAAGCACUUCAACGAGGAUUCGCCUCGUGUAGAGGAGAUUCCCAACUAUCCGAAUGUGGAUCCAUUCAACUAUGAGACCAUGAAGUCAUCGCUGCUCGAGCGUCUAGACCUCUUCAAUGCAGCUCCUUUCACCGUGCAGCGUCUGUGCGAGUUGCUUAUCGAUCCCCGCAAGCAGUACUCGCGCAUCGACAAGUUCAUGCGUGCUCUGGAGAAGAACAUUCUUGUGGUCAGCACCAUUGAUCCGGGACGCAGACGCACCGAAAGCGAGAAUGGCGACUCUCUGGACUCCGUGGUCAACGGCGAUCUCUCCCUGGAAGUCAACAUCGACAUUGAGAUGGAGAACGAGGCCCUGUUCAACAACGGCAACGCCGAGGAGGGUUCUGCCCCUAGCUCCGUUUCGGCAGGCGGUGCGCAGAAGGCCAGCUGCCCGCGAUCGGACGACAAUGUGCAGCCCAAGGCCAAGAAGGCCAAGCUGGAGAUCGAGGGCGAAGAGCGCUCGGAGGCGGCCGAUGACGUGCCCGCCGAACCGGAAGCGGAUGUGGCCGCCAAGGACAAAAAGGACAAGGAGAAGGAGGAGAAGAGUGACAACGAUGAGACUGAUUCCCCACAAGAGGCUGCCGAGAUCGAAGAGCCCGACGAGGAAGUGGAGGAGGCUGAACAAGAGGCCAAGACCACCAAGCAGGCUGUAAACGGCAGCAAGAAGGAUAGCGAGCAGGAGGAGCGAUCCCCAGCCUCUGCCGAUGAAGAGGUUGAGGACCCCCUGCAAAGCAAAUCUCCCGACGCCGAGAAAGAACCAGUUGCCAAGGAGAAAGCAGAGGAGAACAAAAAAGAGGCGGCCGAACCACAGGAAGAGAUCGUAAAGAAGCAGAAGACCGAGAAGGCCGAUAAGUCGGACAAAAAGGUGGAACAGCCAGACGAGAAACCGGCUGACGAUAAAGCCACACCACCAGCCGAGGGCGAAAAGGAGGAGCCUGCCAAAGCCAAGGCAGAAAAGGAGAAGGAGGAGGAAAAGCCUGCUUCAGUUGCAACAGAGAAGCAGGAAGAGAAGGAAGCUGCCGAGACUGAGCCUGCACCAGCAGAGAAGCCCGCCGACGAGAAGGCAGCUCCUGCCGAAUCAAAACCGAAGACCAAGUCUGAGGCCAAGCCAGAGGCCGAGACCAAGGAGAGCCAACCCGAAAAGACUGAAACCGAGCCGGCCAAGAAGCCGCUCCCUGAGAAAAAGGAGGCUGCCGAGCCGGCUGCAGAGACCGAUAAGAAAAAGAAAGAGGACGACACCACUGCCGCUGAGGCAGUCAAGGAACCAGCCGAGGAGUCGCAGGAUGGGGAGGCAUCCAGCCCCGCCGUCGAAGAACUGGGCGCCGCCACCACACCACAAUCUCCAUUGGGCGCCGCCGAUUCGGCUGCCGAGACGCCGCCCGCCGAGGCAGCCGAUGAUUCGCAGGCUUCGCCCUUGGCCGUCGUCACUCCGCCGGCUCUGGCCCUCAACGACCAGCCCAUGGAGGACACCCCCGCCGAGGAGGAGGCACGCGCUUCGCCAUCGGCCGCCGUCGAGGAGGUGGUCAUGGCCGAAAGCGGCCCCGCCGCCGAAAUGGCCACCGAAGAGGCCGCCAAGGACGAACCGGCCGCAAUGGAGGUCGACGACACCAGCCAGGAGGUGAUGGACCAGUAAACUGUGCCCAACCAAGCGCCGAAUACAACUACAUUCAACUACUACUCCAUAUAAUUAGAAUUGUAAGACAAGCGCCCCAUUCCGCAGAUAAUGAAGACGUAAUCCUGCCCCGCACUGCCUCUAGAAAAGAAUCCGAGUGAUCCGUGCGAUCCGCGUUAAUCAGGCGGGGUGGCAGCUCACUCUUCGUAGCCGAGUGUCGCAUGCCAGACAAGCUCAAGAACUAGAAUCUGUUGAAUGUUCCGAGUUCCAUCAUCUGUGACCCUUUCGUUGGCCGCCCCUAGUUUUGUAUUUAUUUUUUAUAGCCCCUGACGAGUGACAAGUCCAUGUAUCUCUGUCCCCGCCUCUGUUCUCCGAUUUUUUUUUAAAUAAUCUAGUAAUAGACGCUGUCCAUGGCGCGGCAUUCGGCCAAAUGUGAGCGAUUAAACACAAUAAACACUAUCCAUACAACGUA